AUCUUGCACACCAACAAAAGAACCAAGAGAACUUCUUCUUCUUAUACUUCUUCCAAGUUAUACUAGAUACUCAAUCUCUUCAACAAACACCAAAACCAAUAAACACAUACUACACUCUAUUUUCUCUCUCUCUCCUCUCUCUCUUUUCUCUUUCUUUCUUUCUUUCUUUCUUCUAUCCCCCCCCCUCCUUUUCUCCUUCAGGUAGUUUCGGGCGUGCCAUCAGUGACCGUCCAAAAGGAAAAAGAGUAGCAGCACUGGACAAGAAUAUCGUCAUUUUCCUUUACGCUUCCAGCACAAUCUUUUCCAAGGACACCAAGGAAAAGAAUUUUGCGUUUAGUAAACCUAAUAAACCUAAUAAGCACAAAACUCGUAUAAUACAAAGUCAAGAACAUUAUUAUCAGCCAGAAUGAUUAUCGCAAGUAGUAAUAAUAGCAAUAGCAAUAAUAAUAAUAAAACCAAAAACAACAAAAAUGGCGGUGGUCAUGGGCACACUAUGGGUGUCUCGAUUCCCCUUCAAACCAUGUCACCAAGAGCGGCAACUGCAACUGCAACCGCAACUGCGACUGCAACUGCAGCAACAUUAUUGACACAAGCCAUAAACACAAAAACAAGUACAACAAAUACAACAGCAGCAAUAACAACAACAACAGCAACAACAACAACAGCAGACAAUCUGUCCUUGCCAACUGGCUCGUUUUCAUCUCAAUCAAAAUGGGAAGAUGAAGAUGAAGACGAACGAAUUCCUCGUGAUAUGAUUGAGUUUACCAAGAGGUCCAAAG